AUGGCGUCUUAUUGUGCGGCCCGUGUUGGACCUCCUCCUUCGUUCCCAUCUACCAGCUGUAUGCAGGAUAGCGACUGUGGUAGCAGCUCCGGUCUUGGAGGAAUGAAGACGCAGGAAUUAGUAUCGGACGAGGGUGGCAGUUCGUCAUCCGAACAGCCCGGUUUCUUCCCUCGGCCAAGUGUACUGCCAUGUGGUCCUCCACUGAACGCAGUGACCGGUAUGACCAUGCCGACGUGGGUUCAUCCAACACCGCCGGGAGCACCAAACGACCUGUUCGUGCAUAUCCAAAUGGGAGAGACCUUGAACAUUCUCGUCGGUAAUGAUGUGCAAAAUAUUACUGGGCCAGCUACUGUUCGUAUGGUUGGUGAAUGUGGGAUGUCACCAUCUGCUCUGCCCAUUCAUGUUCCUCCAGGGCACGUGAUCCAUCAAAUUGUCGACGAACAA